CGAUCCAAAUAUUCUCGUCCAUGUGAUGCUUGUGCUCAUAGAAAGGUACGAUGUACCGACAAUCGACCCUGUAGUCGAUGUAUUGACUAUGGUAUUUCAUGCACCAAUACAAGAAUCAGAAAGCGUAGUGGACCAAAACCCAAAAUAAUAAGUGAAUUACCAUUCAGCAAUAAUAUUUCAACUUCACCUAAAGGUACUUCUCAAUAUUUGACAAUAUUCAUUCCAAUAGAUGACCUAUAUCCUUUUCUUCAAUUCUUUCAAACAUGGUACUAUGGCUUAUGGCCUGUUCUUUCAGUUGGAUCACUUAUCACAAAUUUGACGACAAUAACAGAUAGAAGAUCCCUAAACAAACAAACAUCACCAUACUACUCUUUGGGGCUCGCUCUUUGUGCUGCUAUCUCGGGACAAUUUGCUUUCUUGAGCAAGAGUUCGGAUUUGCCACAUAUGACCACAACAGUAAGUGCCAGUCAACUUGCUCGAGCAGCAUUGAAUGUCAGAGAAACAUUUGAUCACAGAAUGAAGCCAACCGAAGAAACAUUGUUGACUUCGUUCUUUUUAUAUAAUUAUUACAUUAAUGUCAAAAAUGGAACCGAAGCAGCAAUAAUGUACUUGAGGGAAGCAAUUUCGAUGGUCCAUAUAUUAGGAUUACAUGAUCCUCAGGCUUAUUUGCAAAUGUCUAGUGAGUCACUGCAUCGUUUGAAGAAGACUUAUUACCUACUUCUUGCAAGUGAAAGGUUCAUGUGCAUUGAAGAUAACGUUCCAGUUAUCCUCGAUUCUAGUGUACCUUAUCCAUUGGUUGAGGAUGAUGAAUAUCCAGAAUUAUUAGCUGGAUUUGUUGAAGUUGUCAAAAUCUUUGCAAUCCCUGAUCGAAACUUUUUCGAAAAAAUGAGUAUCGCUAAUAGGAGAACCGAAAAUGUAAAGGAUUACGAGAUCUUCCAAAACUUCUUCCACCUCUCUGCAACUUCAUUAAGCGAGGCAUGGGUAAGAGAAGUGGACAAAAAGAUUAAAGGAAUAACUAUCGUUGAUUCAAUGUCAGAUAUACUGAAGGUUAACUUAUUGCUUUCUAAAGAUUGGAUGAGGUCGCUAAUAUGGAGAAUUGCUUAUCAAAAUGCUCUCACAUCAGCACUCAGAGAGAAAGAUGAUUGUCUAAGCUUGAAUUAUCCUAUGACGAUCGCUUAUCAAUUUCUUUCAUCCACAAGCAAUUUACCUGCUUUUGCAUUUGAAUGCAAUGGGGCAGGUGUAGUUGUAAAAUUAUUAGAUAUUGCGAAUGGAUUGGGCGACUCAAUGAACGAUUUAAGUUCAAUGGAAAGGACAUAUGACUUGUCAUUAUUUGAAAACGCAUUAACGUCAGUUUUUUGUUUGAUAUCAAAGUUUAAGACAAAGGUAACUUUACCUGUCAGAAUGUACCGCAAGAUUGAGAAUAUGGUUAGUCGUUGGUCCAUUCCAAGACAAUUUCUGUCU